GUCGUUAGAUGAACCGUUUGACAAUAUUUUGUGAUUUAACUUCUCUUUCUCUGGGACGAGUUCUACUUGAUUACGAAAUGCGAGCGAGUAGCCUCACAGCCAAGCCUAAAUUUCACCAUAAAACGGGGUCAGUUCGGAUUGCCCGUUAACCGGCCAGUCGAGUUUUGAUCGCUCAGAAAGGAGCAUAUCUCGAGGAAAUGUCUUCUCUUCUCGAUUGAACACUGAGCAAGAUCAAGGACACAGUAUGAAGGUUAUUUGUUGGCUGCUGCUGCUAUUGUUAAUCGUCGCUCUCGCAGAGUCGAGCUCAAGGAAUGAUGAAGAUCUUACGACAGAAAGAAUCCUCAGCAGCGAGAUCGAAGGACUCUCGACGUCGCAGGAGGACUUGGAGAACCUGCGGACGCUGUUGAGGCAAACACCAGAUUCUUCAGGAUCGGGAAAUAGCACGGUCACUGCCACCAGGCAGGGACCUUGUCAGUGCUCCGGUGGUGUUUGCGGAUGUUGCUCGAGAAUCUUGUACAAUGCGUGGAAGCAGAAGGCCUGUGUGAACGUCACGUAUGACCCCGACGAGUUCAGCUUCACCGCCAAAAUCCUAAUGAACGACAGAGUCCUUUAUACGAGAACAGUUUCUGGGAAGAAUCCUAGACCAAUAUGUGUUCCUGUCCCAAGGAUUCCAUUUAUCAGAGCGUGCGUCAGAUUCUACAACAUAUAUUUUCAAGGCAGAAAUAUCCAUUUGUGCGUGAAUAUGGAAGGAAAGUUUCAAGAUACCACACUAUUCAAGGUUGGAUUCGAUUGUCUUCGAUUUGGCACAAAUGGAUUAGCCCUUCUAAAGCCGGAAGACGGAGGCGGUUUGGGUCAAGUAGAAUUUUUUCCAGAUACUGAUGACGAUGACGACGAUUAUGAUGAUGAAGACGACGAUGACGAUGACGACGAUGAUGAUUUGUUCUGAGAGUGUUUCUCAUAAAUUAAUGUUGACGAUUGUGAAAAUGUUAUUUAUUUUUGUAUAAUUUGAGUGCCAUAAGA